AUGUGGGGCCCUUUAGUGAUCCGGUCUCCGCAGCUCGAAUACGUUUCAUUUCUAGUAUGCGGAGGUGAAGAAAGGCGGUUGAUGACAUUUCCGACAAUAAUAUUAUUGUUUACGAGUGUUGUGUUACUAGCGUCAUUUAUGUUGGUUGUUUGUAAACAUAAGAAGAGUAAACAAAUUUACAAACCAGGACACAUUCCAGAAUUUGAAAAUCCUGAAAACGAAGAAACCGAUACUUAUUACGGAUUAAACAGCUCUAGAUUGUUCCCUGAUCGAGAAAAAGGUCGUUUGAACAAAUCAGCAUUGGUGGAAGAAGUGAAAGUGAACAAAACAGAUGAUACACCGAUGAGUGAAGGGAAAAUUCUAAGUGAGACACAAAAGACGAAUGCCGUUAACAAUAAAAAUUGA